UCACUUUCCAUACAAUGAAAGUGUCUUAAUCAAGCAGUGUAAUGGCCGCUGGGGGCCCCUCGUCUGUGUCGGGGCCCUUGUUCCGAGAGGCUAAUGGGCGGAGACCUGUUUGUGUGCCUUUUUUGAAAUCCUCGCCGGUCCCUGCUGUGAUGCGUACUGCAGAAGUAGGCUGGGGGCGCACACACGCUGCAGCGCCACACACACACUCACACACACAUCAUUUCCAGUGGAGACUGGCACAGAGACGCAGCGCCACGACCACUCCGGCAUGUUUGUUUAGUACGGACUGCUGAAACUUCUGCGCACAGAGAGGCGGAUAGAUUCAUCCAGCUCGUCCCAGAUAGUGGAAUAAAUUGACGCUUUUUUUUCUCCUCCUUUUUUCUCCUCCUCCUCCUCCUCCUCCUCUGGUUUCGUGUUACAAAGCCUUGGGAGGGAGUUGCGCGGAGAGCCAGUUCCUCUGUGUAGAAACUGAAUGACAGUAUCAUAUGGCUUGAUUUGCCCUGUAGUCCAACCAUUUAAAAAAAUACAGAGGAAAUAAGAAAAGAGAAGAGAGAAACCGUGGGCGAAUUCAUCUGAAAUUGAUGAGGAUGUGGAAUAAUUUAUAACUCCAAUUCAGAAACAAAUCCGAGAUAACGGAGAAAGAAGAGACGGAGAGAAAAGGAUACUGGAUCUGUCGUCAGAGAGAGACGGAGAGGAAAGCGCAGGACGCGUUGCCUGUAAUCAUCACCACCAUCACCGUAAUAAUAAGCCCAAUGUGACCUUCAUCUGAGUCGAGUGUCUCUAUUCAACAUUCACGAAGACGAGAGAGGGAAAAAAAUCAACCUGAAAGGAGGAUUAAGAAGAAGGCACACAGACGCGCGAGGGAGGAGAAGAAAAACAAGCCGCCAGGAGUCGGGCUGCUCUCUCGAGUCCCUCUGAUCAACUGAUUGAUCCCUCCAUCCAUCACUCACCGCCAGUUUCGACGAAUGGGAGCUGAUAUGGGAGCCAUGGGCGGGACAAAGGUCUUGCUCCUGGUGUUUCUGGUUGGAUGGGAGAAGUCGUUGGGUCUCAACUGGAACCCCGUCCCACGCAAGACAGUUCGAUACCAGGAUGUGUUGGACAGCAUGGCGAGGUUCAGCAUUCAGGGAGUAUUCAACUACAGUAUGCUGACUCUGUCCAACCAUGAGAGGGUUUUGUACGUUGGAGCACGGGAGGUGUUGUUCGCCCUGGACCCCAACAACAUUAGCCUACAACUACGGCCUCAGAUCGACUGGCCGGCUCCGCAGGAUAAGAAGAGAGAGUGCGUUGCCAAGGGGAAGAACAACCAGACCGAGUGCUUCAAUUACAUCCGUUUCCUGCAGAGCUACAACCACACACACCUCUACACCUGUGGCACCUACGCCUUCCAGCCCAAAUGCACCUACGUGGACUCGGAUUAUUUUACCCUCAACACUGCAGCCCUGGAAGAUGGCAAGGGUAAAUGCCCAUAUGACCCUGCCAAGGGGCAUACUGGCCUGAUAGUGGAUAAGGAGCUGUACUCAGCAACGCUCAACAACUUCCUGGGUACAGAGCCAGUCAUUCUGAGGAACCUGGGCCUACAGCACUACAGCAUGAAGAGUGAAUACUUGCCUGCCUGGCUCAAUGAGCCGGACUUUGUGGGCUCAGCCCUGGUGAGGGAGAGCAGUGGCAGUAAAGACGGGGACGACGACAAGAUCUACUUCUUCUUCAGCGAGCGAGCAGUGGAGCUGGACUGUGACACUGAGCUUACUGUGGCCAGAGUGGCCCGAGUCUGCAAGGGGGAUCUGGGUGGUACCAGGACCCUGCAGAAGAAGUGGACCACUUUCCAGAAGGCCCGUCUGGAGUGCUCCCUCCCAGAGCGCCAUGUAUACUUCAACAACCUGAGGGCUGUCUUCACACUGCCGGGGCCAGACUGGCGGGGGACCACCUUCUACGGCAUCUUCCAUGCCCAGUGGGGUGAUGUGGACGUGUCGGCAGUGUGCCAGUACCCAAUUGCUGAAGUGAAGAAGGUGUUUGAAGGAUACUACAAAGAGUACAGGGAGGCAUCUCAAAGGUGGGGGCGUUACACCGGCGCUGUCCCUGUUCCACGGCCUGGAUCGUGUAUAACUAACUCAGACAGGGAGAGUGGCUACAACAGCUCCCUGCAGCUGCCUGACGCCACACUCAACUUUGCCAAGAAGCACCCGCUGAUGGAGGGCAAAGCUCUGGCUCGCCCCCUGCUGCUCACCAAGGGUGUCAACUUCACAAGGCUGGCCGUGGAUCGGGUUAAAGGCUUGGACCCGCGGGAAUACAACAUGCUCUUUAUUGGCACAGCGGAGGGCUGGCUGCAGAGAGUGGUGAUCCUGGGCACCGAGGCCCACGUGAUAGAGGAGAUCCAGCUGUUUGAGACACCCCAGCCGGUGGACAGCCUGACUAUCUCCCACUCCAAGUACUUGUACAUCGGCUCUCGUUCGGAGGUUCUCCAGCUGCCUUUGGCCAACUGCAGCCGCUAUCAGUCUCAGCCAGACUGUCUGCUCGCCAGGGAUCCCUACUGCGCUUGGGACAGCGAGGGUCGGGCCUGCGUCCGUAUCGACCUCCAUCGCGGGUCCACCUCCUCCCUGUCACAGGACCUCAUGCUGGAAAGGUUCAGCCGGGGAAAAGCCAAGUUCGAUAAGCCCGUCUCCAUCCCCAGCCCCGAGCACUCCCGUCUGAGGAACGUCACAGUGGUGGUGGGCUCUGACAUGGUGCUGCCUUGCCAGCUGGUCUCCAACCUUGCUCAGCCCUGCUGGGUUCUUAACGAACGUGAGCUCCAGCUGGGUGACCCAGAGGCAGGAGGGCCCCGCUUCGACCGGACCCUCAAGGCCCUUGUCGUCCCCGAGGCAGGCCAGAUGCAAGCAGGCCGCUAUAUCUGCUACUCUGAGGAGCAGGGCGUCAAGUUUCAGACAGAGCGCUACCAGGUGGCCGUAGUAGCCAGCGCCCCAGUCUUUAUGGAGGCCCGGGCUCCAGACAGCAGCAUGGGGCUCUUCUGGGUGCUUGUCAUCACCCUUGGAGCAGCGUGCCUGUUGCUCCUUGUAGCAGCUCUUUACUUGCGCAGGAGGCUGAAGCUGGCACUGGGAAAGGGAGCCGACAUGAAGCCUCUUGAAAGCACCUUGGUCUACCCCAUCACCCUGCCCAAGGAGCCACCGACUUUUGUGCCCAGCAAGAUGCCCAGCGAUGAGGAUCGUUUCUGGGAGACAGGCGCCAACUACUACUACUCGGAUGGCUCGCUGAAAAUCGUUCCCGGUCACGCCCUGGGGCCCAGCAGCGUCAGCAGCACGGCGUCACCCAGCGCCAUUCCCGGCCAGCCCAUCCACUCCCCAAGCCGUCUCAGCCUCACCAAUAUUCGAGGCUCGGGUAGCAACGGCUAUAUCCGCCUCAACCUGAGCACAGCAGGGGAGGAGAGGGCUAGCGGGGCUGGUGCUGGGGGCGGCGGGUUGGGAGGCCUGGGCAUGAGCGGGAACGACUACUCAAGCCCCUUCAAGGAAGAGCUGAGACGCACUCUGCAGCAGAGAAGCGUGCUGCCCGAUGCCAACCCCGAGGAGUCGUCCGUCUAGGCCUGUCCUCCUCCGUCUCCGUUCCCUGAGUUGGAAAAAACAAAAACAACCAACCUACCUCCCUCCUUUUGAGGAUGCCUGCUCUCUCUCUCUCUUUAAGUGACACGCUGUCAAUUCCCCAUGCUCUCUCUCUCUCGCUCUGCCAAUGCCUGUUUGGCUCACUGUUGACAUUUAUAGCACACAGCAUGUUAAAUAUACACACUCAUACACUGUGUUCGCCAACAUGCACUCGUAUAAUUAUUAUGUUCUGGGCAACAUGCAGUCAUGGUUGUGGCUUUUUUCUGCUUCCACUGUGCAAUCGCCAUUUGUGUAAAUUGUGUAUUUAAAAAGGCUGAACGCAGAGGAGAACACCUCAAGCAUGGAAAUCAAACAAAUGGCGUUACACGUUCUCUGAAGGGCACAUUUCUUUUAACGUUGAGUGGACCAAGAGGCUUUUAGCCCCUGUGCUGAAACAAGCUGACAAACGGGCAAGCGCAACUGACUGGAAAUAUUGAACUGAUACUCUGUCCUUCUGUUCCUCUGAGACUUUUUCAGCUUACUGCACUUAAAAAGUGGAAGCCCGUCUUCCCUUUUUUGUAUUUGUGAGCCAAGAGCGUGAGAGCGGUAUAAAAAGACUAAUUAAUCUCGAAGCAAGACGACAAUCAUGUCCCCGUAGCAGGAGCUCUGCGAGGGACCAAGAGGAGAGGAGAGAGAGCGAGAGACAAAGAGAGAGGAAAUUAAAUGGAAAAUGAAGUGAAUUGGAGUGAAAGACGCAAGGGGGAGUUUUGAAUGAAGGACAAUCUCUCAAGACUUUCUCUGCUCGAUUUGUAUUUUUUCUUUUCUCCCACGUUGUAUUUACCCCCGGAGAAAGUCCUUGAUCCCUUCCAAUUUCAUUUGUUGUGAUGGUUGGUUUGAAUUAAGACAUUUCUUGUUGCUCUUUUUCUACGUCUUACUGACUACAGCAGUGUUCGUUAUCAAGUGACUCCCCUCUGUGAAUGACAAUGUGAGGGCAAGCGCUUACAUUCCUCGCUCAGCCCUGCAAGGUGACCUUCAAACGCACCUUCAAGUCCAAUAUACUACAAGUGCACUCCAGACGACAUUUAUUAGAGUCAAAGUGUGUAACAGAUAUGUGUUUUGGCUGAGCCCUUUUGGACGUUUGUUCAUCGCUGCAGAAAGAAAAAGGCUAUUUGCAUUCAGCUCUUAGCAGCGGAACAAUAACUGCACACUUAAUUCCAAAUUGAAGCUGACGUGAAGACAUUAGGCAUGGAGAAUGUAGUUGAACCCUCACUGUUGCGACCGCUGGAUGUCUCAAUAAGUGCUUUAUAUCUUAUGUGUAUGGCGAGGGUGGGAACUUGCACUGCCAAGAAGGAAACUACCCUCUCCCACACAAACACACACUUACACACUCACAGUCCUCUGAAUGCCAACCAUCCUGGACCAUAGUGUGUUUGUGACGCACCCUUAAACCCCAACAAACCCCUCCCUCUUACCGAUGCCCAGAGACUGACCCAGGGCUACUGUGGACUUGUACAGAGGAAGAGCACUGUAAAACACAACAACACAAAAAGAUGACACACACAGUGUUGAUGGAAGAUUGGACUGACAGACUGAUUGCUGCCGUGCUGACAAACUGCUGGCUUCAGGCGGGAAGCAGCCAUGAAUCAGUGAAAGGGUUGGCUUUUGUUUUCGGGACGUGUCUGUCGGGACCGGAGGAGCACAGCGAGAAGGAAGGGGAGGACAAAGACACCUUGUUUUGCCCCCACUGUGUACAGAGCGCUGAGAGAGAUGUAGAAUAUCAAAAUGAUACUGAGGUUGAAGAGGUACUCAGCCAUCAGCACUCCAUCCUAGUGUUGCAUGAUCCUCUGCAAGUGGACUGAACAUCUUUGAUAUGCUUCAUCCUUGUACAAGUGCAUCAUUUUCAAUGGUCAUUUUUGGACUUUUACGGACACUAAUAUUGUGGAACAACAAUGCUCUCUUUAGAAAAAAAAAAGAAAGAAAACAAAAUAUGUCUGAUUUUAUGGUUCAAGGGUUGUACAGGAAUUCAUGGCUGCAUUUCAACAUGUUUACUUUUUCUGUGCCUCUUCACCUUUUUGGAUAAGCCAAAGUAGACUGCAGUUGCUUUUGUUCUUGUUGAAAUACUUAAAUUAAUUUUAUUUGAUUCCAGAUCGAUAUUUAAGUCUCAGCAGUCCGUCCACUUUGCUACACUGAGCUGAUGUCUGCAACCUUUCUGCAUAUUUUAUCCACAGCUAAAUUUCCCCUCGAGCAAAAGGGCUUGAGGCUGAUGGACUUCCUGUUUGCUUCCUGUUUAUAUGUCAGUAGUGAUCUGCUGGACCCAGUUCUUUAUCCCCUCACCGAAUGAAAGGCUGAGUAACGUACCAAACCAUUAUUUAAUUUGUCAGCCCCUUAAAACCAAAUAAGUAUCUGUGAUUGAAAGCAGAUCAGUGACAGAAUGUGCCCACUUUAUAUUACUACAUCCCCUGAAGCGGAUACCUAAAACAUAUGAGCUCUUUACACUGGUACUUGGUUAUGUCUUAAUAUAUUUUUAAUUUUACAAUUAGGCAUUUUAUUUAACACGUUGCAACGACUAAAAAGAUUAAAAGAAUAAAGGUCAAGCUUGAAAAAAAAUGCAUGUGUAACGUACUUUGGUUCUUCUGACGCAUUUGUUUGCUCAUAAUAUUUUCUCUUACACAAGGCUUUAAGUUCUGCUGUUUUCUCGCAUUAUUAUUUGUAUUAUUCUAUUAUCACCCUGAGUUUAUUUGGCCCCAUUUUGGCUUGUCUGUAAUUGAUCUUUUAUGUUUGUUUUUAAAAUAUGUUAAGUAACUUAUUUCACUUGUACAAACGUGUUGAUAUUUAUUAUCAUUGUACAUAUGUCCUUAU